AUGGCAAAACGAGUAGCAAUGGCAAAAAGAGUAACAAUUGAAAGUGUAGAUCGUACAAUGCAAGACCUAUUGAGUACAAAAGAAUUGUUUGGUGGUAAAGUAGUAGUUUUUGGAGGAGAUUUUCGUCAAGUGUUGCCAGUUAUUCCAAGAGGAACAAGGAGCCAAACAGUUAAUGCCAGCUUAGUAAAGUCUUAUUUGUGGGAGAAGAUGGAAAAGAUAACAUUAAAAAUAAACAUGCGAGCAAAAAAUGAUGAAGAAUUCAGUAAAUUCUUGCUGCGUGUUGGAAAUGGAACAGAAAAAACAACUAAAGAUGAACUUAUUAGACUUCCUGAAAGUAUUGUGAUUGAAGAUAGCAAAAAUGGACAAUCGGAAGUUGAAUUGUUAAACAAAGUAUUUCCAUCAAUUGAACAAAAUGCAAAUUCAGCUGAAUAUAUGACAGAACGAGCUAUUCUUGCGACAAAAAAUGAAUAUGUAGAUAAGCUCAAUGACAAGCUUUUUGAUAAAUUUCCUGGUGAUGAGAUUAUGUUCCAUAGUUUUGACAAGGCUAUUGAUGAUCCAAAUAACUACUACCAAGAAGAAUUUUUAAACAAGUUGUUUCCAUAG